GCUCGUUGGCCGGCUUUCACCCUGAAGAUGACGUGGCUGAAGCCUUUGACGCAGAGUCUGCAGGGCCAUUCCACAAACGAACGGCGAGCGCGGUGAGCGCCGCCAGUGGAGCAUCUUCACCUACAUCGGCCUUCGCCUUUCCGGCGGUGACAAUCGUGGCGGUGGCCAGCACAGCGUUCUUCGCCGGUUUCGCCUUCAAUAGGGCGCUCACAAGACGCGAAGACGUACACACGUAUGCCCAGUUGCUUUGA